AUGAAUAUCUCACAGCCAGUUCCGUCGGCCAUUGAGAGCGUUGACUUUGCAUUUCUUUCUACGGCUGAGAUUAAAUCUCUCUCUGUGAAGAGGAUAGAGAAUCCUGUUACUUUUGACAGUCUUCUUCACCCAGUUCCAGGAGGUCUUUAUGAUCCAGCUUUAGGCGCAUGGGGUGACAACAACUGCACAACAUGUAAUCUCAGUUCCUUUUCCUGCCCGGGUCAUGCAGGCCAUAUUGAUCUACCUGCACCCGUUUACCACCCAACUUUUAUGGACCAAGUUUUGCGAUUAUUGCGAUCAAAAUGCAAGUAUUGCCAUCAGUUUAGAAUGUCGCGCAAGGAGGUCAAUCGAUAUGUUUGCAAGUUGCGCCUGAUUCAACAGGGCCUGCUGAGCGCCGCCGAGGAGAUUGAAAAUAUCGAAGUUGCUCAGCCAAAGGAAGGAGAAGAGCCUGCUAGUGAUUCCGAUGACGAGUCUCCCGUCGACAGUGUUAUUCGAAGACGACUUGCAUUUGUCAAAAAGGAGCUCAAAGCCGCUAAGGCCUCUGGAUGGGAAUGGAGAAGGGAAAAGCAUGAAGGUGUGGCUGAAGCACGCCGAGUUGUAGUUAAGAGCUUUAUGAAAGCAAUAACUGCAGGAAGGCUAUGUGGAAACUGUCAAGGUAUAUCUCCAACUUACCGCAAGGACCGAUAUGUAAAGAUUUUCGAAAAGUCUUUGAGUGUCAAAGAUAAGGCCAAGAUGGCUCAAGGCAGCUAUCGAGCUGUGAAUGCCGUUCAAUUGGUUCACGGCGAGAAGAAAGAUAGGGAUGGCGACGAAGGCAUUGCAGAUAUCGACUUGGAAUCCAACGAGGAUGAGGAUGAAGGCGAGGGCGAAAGCCUUGAUGUGGAUGGGGAUGUGGUCAUGGACGGUUCCGCGACUCCAAGCUCUAAACCCCGAGUCGCACCACUACCACAGCGAUAUGUUGAUGCCAUGGAAGUCAAGGCAUCGUUGACAUUGCUGUUCGAAAAAGAGCAAGAGAUUCUGUCCCUUGUUUACAAUUCCCGAUCAUCUGCCAAGAAGCCAUCCGCGGUUAAAGCAGAUAUGUUCUUUCUACAAACACUUCUCGUCCCUCCAAAUAGAUACCGGCCCGAAGCGAAGACAGGCGAUGGCGAAAUUGCCGAAGCGCAACAAAAUUCGCUGUACAAGCAGAUUUUGAAGAGUGCUGAUACUGUGAACCAAAUCUACCUCGAUAUCCAGAAUCCCGAUAGGCCGUCGCAAAGCCAAACAUUGAGAAAGAGAGAUUUCUUUGAUCUCCAAGAAGCGUGUUGUUCAAUGCAGGACGCUGUCAACUCCUUGAUUGAUAGAGAUCGAAAUCCCAUCCAAGGUGCAGCUGGAAAGAAGAACGAAGAUGGUAUCAAGCAAAAAUUGGAGAAAAAGGAGGGUCUUUUCAGAAAGAAUAUGAUGGGUAAACGUGUCAACUUUGCUGCUCGUUCCGUCAUCUCCCCAGAUCCAAAUAUCGAAACAAACGAAAUCGGUGUUCCUCCUGUUUUCGCCAAGAAGCUCACAUACCCAGAACCUGUCACAAGUCACAACUUCAAGGAAAUGCAGCAAGCAGUUAUCAAUGGUGUCGACAAAUGGCCCGGUGCUGCUGCAAUUGAAAACGAGAACGGGCAAGUCAUCAAUCUACGCUCAAAGACACAGGACGAAAGAAUGGCUCUAGCGAAUCAGCUGCUUGCAUCGUCCAGUAACGGAGCUAGCGGUGCUCGCAACAAGAAAGUUUAUCGACAUCUUACCAACGGAGAUGUUGUGCUCAUGAAUCGUCAACCAACUCUGCACAAGCCCUCGAUUAUGGGUCACAGAGCCAGAGUACUUCCAGGAGAGAAGACAAUUCGCAUGCACUACGCCAACUGUAAUACUUACAACGCUGAUUUCGAUGGAGACGAAAUGAACAUGCAUUUCCCACAAACAGAAGUUGCUCGCGCAGAAGCGCUACAGAUUGCUGAUACCGAUCACCAAUAUCUGAGUGCAACCGCUGGUAAACCUCUAAGAGGUUUGAUUCAAGAUCAUAUUUCCGUUUCCGUUUGGAUGUGUAACAAAGAUACAUACUUUGAUCGGGCUACAUAUCAACAACUUAUCUAUAACUGUAUUCGCCCAGAAAGUGGACAUAUUGUAGGCGAACGCAUAGAGACUGUGCCACCUGCAAUCAUUAAACCUGUCGCACGUUGGACUGGGAAGCAGGUCAUCACAACAAUACUAAAAAAUAUCACACCUCUCAACUGCGCCCCAAUAUCUCUUACAGGAAAAACACAAACUCCAGCUGAUCGAUGGGGUGCGGAUUCAGAGGAAGGUGUUGUACUUUUUAAGGGCGGCGAGUUCAUUACUGGAAUUCUGGACAAAGCCCAGAUCGGUCCUGCUGGCGGUGGUCUCAUCCACUCUGUUCAUGAGGUCUAUGGCCCUGCCACAGCUGGAAAGCUUCUCAGUAUUCUUGGUCGUUUACUGACGAAGUAUCUCCAUAUGAGGGCUUUCACUUGCGGAAUGGAUGAUCUCAGGCUCACCCCCGAAGGCGAGAAAACCCGUAUCGAGACUUUGUCAGAUGCUAGUAAGAUUGGUCUUGAGGUGGCUGCUAAGUACGUUUCUCUCGAAGACCAAAAACCUACCGAAACAGAUCAAGAGCUGCUCAACAGAUUGGAGGAUGUCAUGAGAGACGAUUCUAAACAAGCAGGUCUAGAUGCGUUGAUGAACGCUCGCGCCGGAAAGCUUUCUACCUCUAUUACUAAUGCAUGCCUUCCCCAAGGCUUGGUCAAGCAAUUUCCGCACAACCAGAUGCAGAAUAUGACAGUUUCUGGAGCCAAGGGUAGUGCUGUCAACGCCAAUCUUAUCUCUUGUAAUUUGGGACAACAAGUCUUGGAAGGACGUAGAGUACCGUUGAUGGUGAGCGGAAAAUCUCUUCCUUGCUUCAAGCCAUUCGACACGCACAUUAGAGCGGGAGGUUAUAUCGUCAAUCGUUUCUUGACUGGAAUUCGGCCACAAGAAUACUACUUCCACGCAAUGGCUGGUAGAGAAGGUUUGAUUGAUACUGCAGUCAAAACCUCGAGAUCCGGAUAUCUACAAAGAUGUUUGAUCAAGGGUAUGGAGGGUCUUAAGGUCGAGUACGAUACGUCCGUGCGAGAUUCCGACGGAUCUAUGAUUCAAUUUAUCUACGGUGAAGAUGGACUCGAUGUGACCAAGCAGAAGCAUUUGACCGAUUUCAAAUUCUUGUUGCAGAAUCUUAUGUCGGAGCUUGCUCAGUUAAAUUAUGGCGACCCUCGCUAUGAUACUAUUUUUGAAGAGAAGGAAACAAUCAUUAAACGAAUGAAGAAGGCCUUGAAGCAUGCAAAAGCAAAUGAUCUCAAUGGUCCAGAUCCAGUCCUCUCUGAAUACAACCCUGGAAAAUAUGGAUACGCAACAUCUGAGAAAUAUUUCGAGACUUUGACGAACUACAUGAAGACCAACCCAGAUGGUAUGGUUAAGGACAAGGAUCAUCCAGACGGUGUCGGACCAAGAAAAGCUUUGGAACCCGUUCUCGUUGCCAAAUACUUGAAGUCUGUUGUUGAACCUGGUGAAGCUGUUGGUAUUGUUGCCGGUCAAUCUGUAGGUGAGCCGUCCACACAGAUGACACUCAACACUUUCCAUUUGGCUGGUCACUCUUCUAAGAACGUCACACUCGGUAUUCCACGUCUUCGUGAAAUUGUCAUGACAGCAAGUAAUCACAUUUCAACGCCAUCCAUGACGUUAACACUCAACGAAGAGCUUACGCCUGAUGAAUGUGAAAAAUUCGCCAAGUCUAUAAGCAUUCUUUCAUUGGCUGAGGUAUUGGAUUGGGCCACAGUCAAGGAGCGAAUUGGACGUGGAGUAGCUUUCCAGCAAGCUAAGAUCUAUGAUAUUCACAUCAAGCUCUUCCCUUCAAAGGAAUACUGUGAAACCUACGCCAUUGACGUCGAUGAUGUUCUUUUCACACUUCAACGAAGGUUUACAUCAAAACUUCAACAUCUUACACGCAAGGCUCUAGGACGAAAGAAGGUUGAAAAGGCAGGUAAAGCAAACACCGCUGCAGUACCGGAAAUUGGAAAAUCUGUCGGUACUAUAGAAGAGGCUAGACCAGAUGCAGAGAGAGAAAUGGGUGAAGAUGACGAAGAUGACGAUGGUGAUGAUGAUGCAACCAACGACAAGCAGAAAGCAAACCGCUCUGAGGCUGUCAGUUACGCUGCAAACGAUGAUGAAGAUGAUGCGGUUCAAGCACAAAAUGCCGAGCCGGAAGAUGUUGAAGACAUGGAAGACGAAGGAAUUGGGGGUAGUCCACGUGCACCACAAAGUGAUGAUGAAGAUGAAGGUGAUGACGAGAGUGGAGAACGUAAAAAGCGCAAGACAACCGCUGCGUCCGAGGAGCUCGAAGCCCAAGUCAAGAAGCGAUGCGAAGACAUUACUCGUUUCCGCUUCGACCAGGACAAUGCAGAGUGGUGCGAUGUUAGCCUCGAAUAUGAUGCCGAUGUUCCUAAGGUUCUCAUGCUUUCUAUUGUUGAAGAAGCUCUUCGAUCUUGUCUUAUUCAGCAUAUUCCAGGCAUUGGAUCAUGUACUUAUGAUGGGGACAACGAAGUCAAGGAUUCUAAGACAGGAAAGAUGGUUAAGAUACCAGUGGUUCACACCGAGGGUGUUAACCUUAAGGCAAUGCAAAACUAUGCCGCAUUUAUCAACCCCAACAAGAUCUCGACCAACGACAUCGCCGCAAUGCUCGAGAAUUAUGGUGUGGAGGCUUGUCGAUCAACCAUCGUUCAGGAGUUGCACAGUGUUUUCGAUGGUCAUGCUAUCGCCGUAGAUAUGCGCCAUUUGAAUCUGAUUGCAGACUACAUGACCAGAGGUGGUGGUUUCAGUCCGUUCAACCGAAAUGGAAUGAAGGGCAGUGUCAGCCCUUUCAUGAAGAUGAGUUUCGAAACAACCGUUGGUUUCUUGGCAGAUGCCGUCGCAGAGUGUGAUUGGGAUGACUUGGCCAACCCAAGUAGUAGAAUUGUGAUAGGAAGGAUGAGCAAGGUCGGCACUGGAGCUUUUGAUGUUCUUACUAAAGUGCCAACGGGAAAGAAUGAGGAUGAGGACAUGGAGGAUUGA